CUCCUCACUUCGUUCACCAGCCACAACAUCUUCUGUCUUCUGUCAGCUGUUGCACUUCUCUCUGAAACCAUGGCCAAGGACAUGACUCUGCUGUGGGGCUCCGGCUCUCCUCCCUGUUGGAGGGUCCAGAUCAUGCUGGAGGAGAAGCAGCUGCAGGGCUACAACCAAAAACUGCUCUCCUUUGAGAAAAAGGAGCACAAAUCCCAGGAAGUCCUGGACAUGAACCCCAGAGGUCAGCUUCCUGCCUUCAAAUGUGGGAACCAUAUCCUGAAUGAGUCCUACGCUGCCUGCUUUUUUCUGGAGAACCAGUACAAGUCUCAGGGAAACAAGCUGAUUCCCGACUCCCCUGAUGCACAAGCGCUGAUGUACCAGCGCAUGUUUGAGGUUUUAACAUUCCACCAGAAAAUAGUGGAGAUUGUCACAUACAACUUCAGGGUUCCAGAGGAGGAGAGACAUGACUCUGCUGUUCAGAGAAAUAAGGAGGCUCUGACAGCUGAGCUCAAGCUGUGGGAGGGAUACCUGAAAAACACGGACUGUUGUCUGGCUGGAAAAGAAUUCACACUGGCUGAUGUGGUUUUUUUCCCAAGCGUUGCUUUUCUAUUCCGCCUUGGGUUAAGUAGUGAGAGUCACCCUGCACUGGCAAAAUAUUACAACAGUCUGAAGGACAGACCCAGCAUCAAAGCCACCUGGCCUCCUCACUGGCAGAGCACUCCUGGACCGGACAUGAUGAAAACCAUCUGAGAUCCAAAUCCUGCUCAGUGGACACAGUAACAGUUCCUGUUCAGAUUCGAUAUGUAACCAUUCCUUGUAUUGCACUACUUUUUUUUUUUUUAAAGCUAUGCUUGGCUUCUGCUAUGAAGAGCAAUUUUCUGCAAAGUGUAAAAAGAGGAGAAACUCAACUAUUAUCCAGUAAAAGACAAAAGAAUGUUAACACUAAAUAACAUGUAUGAUUGAGUUUAUUAACAUGUGAAAAUAAAAAUGCCCACUGAUUCAGUUUAA